GGGGGCCGGGGCGCCAUGGACCGGGCGGAGCUGGGCAAGGGGCUGGUGGCCCAGCUGGAGCGGCUGUCCACCUGCCCGCUCUGCGGCGCGGCCUUCCAGGACCCGGUGCUGCUGGACUGCGACCACAGCUUCUGCCGCCGCUGCGUCGGCCGCUGGUGGGACGGUCAGGCCCGGGCCGGCGCGGGGCUCAGCUGCCCCGGCUGCGGCCACCUCUGCCCCCGCCGCAGCCUCCGCACCAACGUGCGUCUGGCCGUGGAGGUGCGCAUCAGCCGCGGGCUGCGGGACCGGCUGGGGGACGCGGGGAGCCGGGCCGGGCGCCGCCGCGGGGGCCGCAUCCCCACCAUGGGCUCGCAGGACCCCCAGGGAGAGGAUGUCCGGAAGACAUGGAGGAGGUUCGAGAUAACCAAGCCCAAGCCCGUGGAAUCGGAUGAUGAGACGACCGAGGACUAUCCCGUAGCCAAGAACAUGCUUCACAGGUUGUCAGUGGACCUGACUCUGGACCCCGCCACGGCCCACCGUUGCCUGCUCCUCUCCCCGGAUCGCCGUAGCGUGCGUCUAGGGGACCCCGGCGUCCCGGCCCCAGCGGACGGCCCCCGGCGUUUCGACCAGCUGCUGGGCGUUUUGGCGGCACAGGGCUUCGAGGGCGGCCGGCACUGCUGGGAGGUGGAGACGGUGGCCGAGCCGGGCGAGGGCGAGGACGAGGGCGGGCGCUACGCCCUGGGGGCGGCGGGUGAGUCGGUGCGGCGCAAAGGCCGUGUGGGUCUGUGUCCGGCCAGCGGGGUGUGGGCGGUGGAGCGGAGCGGGGGGCGGCUGUGGGCCCUGACGGCCCCCGAGGCCACGCCGCUGCAGGGGCGGCCGCGCCGGAUCCGAGUGGACGUGGACUGGGAGCGCGGCCGCGUGGCCUUCUACGACGGCCUCUCGCUCGACCUGCUGUACGCCUUCCAGGGGCCCGGCCCCUUCGGUGAGAGGGUCUUCCCCUUCUUCUGCACGCUCGACCCCCACACCCCGCUCCGUCUGGUGCCCACCGAGGGCUGAGAGGGGCCGAGCCUCCGACGCCUGGUUUCGGGACGGGAUCUACACCCGCUAUCCCCGCCACCGGACCCAGUGGCCCGCCCCCCCCCACCUCGGUUCUGCCCAAGGCCCGGGAUCAGCCUCGUGCCCCGCGGCCACCUCUCGAGGGCCUCCCGGCCGUGGCGGCCCAGGCCCCGCAGCGGCUUCUCCUCGGGAGGACGGCCCCGUGGCCUUCUUCCUCAUCCCGCCCCGUUAAUUGACCUCCCCAGAACCCCUCCUCGAUCCCCGCUUCGGCCGAGGGCCUCGCCGUCCUCCCCCCGCCCCCCGCUAUCCCACCCCACGGUGCCCCCGCCACCCCUCGCCCCCUCUCGCCCGCAGGGCAUGUACAGACCCCAUAUUUAACAGAUUUUAGUUUGUGUCGGGUUAUUUAUUAGAGCGGCUGUGACAAUAAAAUGAAAUCUCAGCA